AUGAACUUCCCUUCUACUGUUUCUUGUACCAUAAGGAAGAUUUUUAACCUAAGACAGAAGGUUCAGAUCUGGAUAACAACAGUGGUGGGAAAUGGUCUUGACACUUUCCUAUGGUAUCAUAAUUGGCAUCCUUUUGGACCUUUAAAGGAUUGGUUUGGUGACAGGCUUGAUCACAACCUUCUAAGAUCUCAAAAUUCCGUAGUGGCUUCUACCACAAGCGAUAACACAUGGCACUGGGAUAGGCCAAGAACCCUCAUUGUUAGAGAAAUUUUGGCUCACAUUCCUCCAAACCUGCAACCUCAUUGGUUUCAGGACUCCAUCUCCUGGCACAAAGUGGUCUGGUUCUCUAAGGCAGUUCCUAGAUGGUCUGUUAUUGAAUGGCUGGCUAUUCUUGCUAGAUUGUCCACAAAAGACAGAUUGCAGGUGUGGGGUACUGUUGACAAUGCUGACGGUGUUUUGUGUUCUGGGGGUCUGGAAACUCAUUCCCAUUUGUUCUUUUUGUGCCCUUUUUCUAGCCAAGUUUGGAGGGACAUACUUAGAAUGAAUAAUCUCACUAAGAUUCCUGGUACUUUGUUACAAGAACUGGAUUGGUUCAGACACAACAUGAAAGGGGAGGGUUUUUUUACAGUCUUUAUGCAAAUUAUCCCUAGCUGCUACCAUCUACCACCUAUGGAGGAAGAGGAAUGCACAAAUUUUUCAACACAAAAUGAUGGAUGCAGGUGA